GAAUGGCGUGUGCAUUCCCUGCACAGCUAGGCCCAGCUAUGAGGGCACAGCCAGCGUGGGAAGGGGAUCGUAGAACCAUAAAAUCAGAGUGGUUCAGGUUGCAAGGGGCCUUGAUCAGCCAGUUCCAAAGCCCCUGCCAUGGGCCGUGACAACUUCUACUACACCAGGUUACUUGUCGCCCCAUCCAGCCUGGCUAUGAAGACUUUGAGGGGUGAGGCAUCCAUAGCUUCUCUGGGCAACCUGUUCCAGUGCCUCAUGACCCUCAGAGCAAUAAAUUUCUGGCCCAAUAUCUAAACCUUCCCUCUGUUUGAAAGCAUUUCCCCUUUGUCCUCUAACUACAUACUCCUUGUCCCUGUCCAUCUUUAUUGUAGGUCCCCUUCCAGUACUGGAAGAGCACAAUUAGGUCACACCAAAGCCUUCUCCAGGCUGAACAAUCCCAAUUCUCUCAGACUUCCCUUGUGGGAGAGGUGAUCCAUCCCUCUGGAACAUGUUGGUGUUCCUCCUGUGGACUGUCUCCAACAAGUCCAUGUCCUUCCUGUGCUGGGGACCUCAGAGCUGGAUGCAGCACUGCAGGUGGGCUCUCACCAGAGCAGAGGGACAGAAAACUGUCCCUUGCCCUGCUGGCCGUGCAGCUUUGGAUGCAACCCAGAACACCACCGACUUUCCGAGCUGUGAGUGCACAUGGCGAACUCUUGGCCAGCCUCUCAUCCACUAGCACCGCAGGGAAGCUGCCUUCGAGGUACACCAAGGGACCACCGACACCUCUGACAAAGAGCAGAUGUACCUUCACAUUUUGAGGUGGAGUGACCUGCAGCACAGCUCCUGGGAGCUUUCCUUGUGCCUGGGAACAGCCAGAGUGCCACCUCCUGCUCCUGGCGUGAACUACACCAGCCUGCCAGCGGGAAUCUCCCUCCCUCUGUGAUGUCCCACAUUAUUGUCCCACAUUAUUCACAGUCAUCACCUCUUUGCACCACCAGGCAUCAAAAUCUAUGUGGGAGCUCGGGUCUCCUCAUCCUACUUCCAGCUUCCUUUGCUGGUCAGGGCUUUUGUACCCACAGCUUCAGCACAGAAUCACAGAAUGGGUCAGGUUGGAAGAGAGCACAGUGGAUCAUCUAUUUCAACAUCUCUACUUAAGCAGAGUCAUCCUAGAGUACAUGGUACAGAAUUGCGUCCAGGCAGUUCUUGAGCAUCUCCAGUGAGGGAGUCUCCACAAUCUCUGUGGAGGGAAUCUGUUCCAGUGCUGGGUCACCCACACAGUAAAAAAGUUCUUCCCCAUAUUCAGGUGGUAUUUCCUCUGUAUCAAUUUCUGGCCUCUGCCUCUUGUUCUCUUGCUUGGCAGCACUGAGCAGAGUGUGCCUCUAUCCUCAACACACUCCCUUGCGAUGCUUACAGACACUGACUCCCCUCUCAGUCAUCUCGAGGCUGAACAGUCCCAGCUCCCUCAUCCUUUCCUCUUAAGAGAGGUGCUCCUGUCCCUUAAUCAUCUUUUUUACCCUCUGCUGUACCAGCUCCAGGGGCUUCAUGUCUCUGUUAUACUGAGGAGCUCAGAAGUAGACAGAGCACUGCAGAUACUAGAACGGUAAGGUUUAAGAUUGAUUUAUAUUAUUAUUUCCCUUAAACACUGAAAAGACAACGCCUCCAAACACUGUUUUGCAUCAGCCACGCGGGCCUGCCACACUCCGGCUCUGACACCUCCUGUCCCCGCCCCCUCAUCCACUGUGCCGUGGAUACACGCAGCCUCAGGCCGGCAGAGCUACGCGGCUCCCGGCCUCGGGGGGAGCUGCAGGGUGAAGCUGGGGCAGCGCGGAUUCCCGGUUCCCUGCCCCAGCCGUAAAGGCGCCGCCGUAACCACUGUGGAACACUCUGGAAGAGCCUUUCUACCCGCACCUGUAUUCCUCCGCGACGGGGCGCGGAAAGAGUUCCUCGCCGGAGCUCCCCGCCGCCCCUCGCCCUGGCGCCUGGAGAUCCCGGUCCUGCGGCCUUCCGAGCGUCACGGCGAAGGGCGGCCGCAGCUGGCGACCGCACAGCAGCAGCAGCAUGAAGCCGAGCAUCUAUUGCACGCCCGCCCCCGCCAUGGCCGCCGCUAAAGGGCAACGCCGAUGACCCCGACGCGCCAUCUAUCUAUAGUUCCCUGCCCAAGACCCCUUUAAGGCGGAAGGAUAUAAUGCGCCGUGAGGCGCCCUUCCCUCUCCGUGUCUAUAAAAAUCGGCCGGUGGAGGGUGUAGCUCUUUCGCCGGUCCCUCACGCCCGAGACGGUAGGGAUAGGAUGGGGGACGGGCUGGGCCUGAUGUCCCCACCGCUCCCUCCCUGGUUCUUAUAGCCUGAAAAUGUGCUGAAAUACGUCUGUGUUUGCCUUGUAGAUGCCCGAAAAAGUGCAACACGAGGAGGAGGAUGCGGAGACCUUCGCCUUCCAGGCGGAGAUCGCCCAGCUCAUGUCGCUCAUUAUCAACACCUUCUAUUCCAAUAAGGAGAUCUUUCUGCGGGAACUCAUUUCCAACGCCUCCGAUGCCCUGGAUAAGAUACGCUAUGAGAGCCUGACCGACCCCUCAAAGCUGGACAGUGGGAAAGACCUGAAAAUUGACAUCAUCCCCAACCCCCGGGACCGCACGCUGACCCUGGUGGACACUGGUAUUGGGAUGACAAAAGCAGACCUCAUUAACAACCUGGGCACCAUUGCCAAAUCUGGCACCAAAGCCUUCAUGGAAGCCCUGCAGUUUGGUGUGGGUUUCUAUUCCGCCUAUCUAGUGGCUGAGAAGGUGGUUGUCGUUACCAAGCACAAUGAUGAUGAGCAGUAUGCUUGGGAGUCAUCAGCUGGGGGCUCAUUCACUGUCCGAACUGACCAUGGUGAGCCCAUUGGACGUGGUACCAAAGUGAUCCUGUAUUUGAAGGAGGACCAGACUGAGUACUUGGAGGAGCGUCGCGUGAAAGAGGUGGUGAAGAAGCACUCCCAGUUCAUUGGCUACCCCAUCACGCUCUAUCUGGAGAAAGAACGUGAGAAAGAGAUCAGUGAUGAUGAAGCAGAGGAGGAGAAAGAUGAGAAGGAAGAAGAGUCAGUGUCCAAAGAUGAAGAGAAACCUAAAAUCGAGGAUGUGGGCUCUGAUGAGGAGGAAGAGGGAGACAAAGGCAAGAAGAAAAAGACCAAGAAAAUCAAGGAGAAAUAUAUUGACCAGGAGGAGCUGAACAAGACCAAACCAAUUUGGACCCGCAACCCUGAUGACAUCACCCAGGAGGAGUAUGGAGAGUUCUACAAGAGCCUCACCAACGACUGGGAGGACCACUUGGCUGUCAAGCACUUCUCUGUGGAAGGGCAGCUGGAGUUCAGGGCCCUGCUUUUCAUCCCGCGCCGUGCCCCUUUCGACCUCUUUGAGAACAAGAAGAAGAAGAACAACAUUAAGCUGUAUGUGAGGCGGGUCUUCAUCAUGGACAGCUGUGACGAGCUCAUCCCUGAAUACUUAAACUUCAUCCGGGGUGUUGUGGACUCUGAGGACCUUCCUCUGAACAUUUCUCGUGAGAUGCUCCAGCAGAGCAAGAUCCUCAAAGUGAUCCGGAAAAACAUUGUGAAGAAAUGCUUGGAGCUCUUUUCCGAGCUGGCAGAAGACAAAGAGAGCUACAAGAAAUUUUAUGAGGCGUUUUCCAAGAAUCUGAAGUUGGGCAUCCAUGAAGACUCCACCAACCGAAAGCGCCUUUCAGAGCUGCUGCGGUACCACACGUCCCAGUCAGGCGAAGAGGUGACUUCGCUUUCUGAGUAUGUGUCCCGUAUGAAGGAGAACCAGAAGAGUAUCUACUACAUCACAGGGGAGAGUAAGGAGCAGGUUGCUAACUCAGCCUUUGUGGAGCGUGUGCGGAAGCGUGGCUUUGAGGUGGUAUACAUGACGGAGCCCAUCGAUGAGUAUUGUGUACAGCAGCUCAAGGAAUUUGAUGGCAAGACCCUGGUAUCAGUCACCAAAGAGGGGCUGGAGCUGCCUGAGGAUGAGGAAGAGAAAAAAAAGAUGGAGGAGAGCAAGGCCAAGUUUGAGAACCUCUGCAAACUUAUGAAAGAAAUCUUGGACAAGAAGGUGGAGAAGGUCACCAUCUCAAACCGGUUGGUCUCGUCUCCCUGCUGCAUUGUCACCAGUACCUAUGGUUGGACAGCCAACAUGGAGCGCAUCAUGAAGGCUCAGGCACUGCGGGACAACUCUACCAUGGGCUAUAUGAUGGCCAAGAAGCACCUGGAGAUCAAUCCUGACCACCCAAUUGUGGAAACCCUUCGCCAGAAGGCUGAUGCUGACAAGAAUGACAAAGCUGUUAAAGAUCUGGUGGUGCUACUCUUUGAGACUGCUCUGCUGUCCUCUGGUUUCUCCCUGGAAGAUCCCCAGACCCACUCCAACCGCAUCUACAGGAUGAUCAAACUUGGGCUUGGCAUUGAUGAAGAUGAGAUUACAGCAGAGGAGCCCAGUGCAGCUGUCCCUGAGGAAAUCCCCCCUCUGGAGGGAGAUGAAGAUACAUCCCGCAUGGAAGAGGUAGACUAAAACAGGAAGGUUCUUCCUUCACCUGCCAGACCUCUGCUCUAUCAUGUCUGCUUAGAAGAUGGUCUGCUCCCACCAGCUGCUACUGACUUCUUGGUGGUGGCUAUUCUUUUGGCUCUGUUUGGUUGGGGUUGUUUUUGGCAGGGUGUAGGAGGGCAUGAUUCCCUGUUUGUUAGUAGUGAUUCAGGUAGCCUGAGGCCUGUCUGUUCUGUGUUUUUCUGCUUGUGUAGGAACAGCUAAUGGGGAGUGAAGGUGUGAGGUUUCCCUGCUCUCCCCCUCAUGGAGUUGUCCCAUGUUACCAGUAGGCAUCAAACACUCUCCUUAUUCCAUUGGGGUGGGAGAGCCCUUCUUCCAAACUGCUGCCUCCCUGAAGCCCCAGGAUAGCAUAAUGGUUUUGUUUGGUUAUUUUUCUGGUUUUUUUUGUUCUACUGGAAUUAAAGAAUUGAUGAUUUA